CACGUGUAAUAUUUAUGCCUGAGGCAAUAACUGACUCAGCUCUGAGUCAGGUACUCGCACACAAGUGAGAGUGGGUUGUGAUUUGUGCUUUUUGCCCUAAAAUCAGCCAAAACGGGGUCGGCCAGCAGAUUUCCAUCCCCUCCAGAGAUCGCAGCGUCUUCCAUCUCGAGAUACACCGCGGCCACUCUCGCCUUCACAGCGCCAUCUGCGUCCCGCAAUCAUGGCUCCCAGUUUUGAUACUCUGUCCGAGCAGGACCUCCAUGAAGAGGAGGAGGAGGAGAUUGACUUCUCCGAUCUCAAGGCCCAGUACGAAGUGAAACUCGAGGAAGGAUUAGACACAUUUAUCGUUAUCGAUGGACUCCCCGUUGUGCCGGAAGCAAACAGACAGAAGCUCAUUAAAUUUUUGUUGAGGAAACUCAACACGGUCGGCCACACCUCCGAAGAUGCCGUCUUUAUGCCCAUCAACGCGGAGAACAUGUCUGAAGGAUUUGCCUUCGUUGAAUACGAAACCCCCGAACAAGCCGUCGCCGCCGUUAAGCAGCUACACGGAACCCCCCUCGAUAAAAAACACACUCUCCUCGUCAACAAGCUGAUGGAUAUUGAACGAUAUGGCCGGGAAGGACGCAUUGACGAAGAAUACAAGCCCCCAGCCAUCGAACCAUUCACAGAGAAGGAGCACCUACGAUCGUGGAUUGGAGACCCGAACGCUCGUGACCAGUUCGCCCUUUACCGCAAUGACAAGGUCGGAGUUUUCUGGAACAACAAGAACAACCCACCGGAGAAUAUCGUGGAUCGCGCCCACUGGACACAGCUUUUCGUCCAGUGGUCCCCCAAGGGCACCUACCUCGCAUCAGUUCACCCCCAGGGUGUGCAACUGUGGGGUGGCCCAGCUUUCUCCAAACAAAAACAAUUCCCCCAUCCGUUCGUGCAACUCAUCGAAUUCUCACCUGCCGAAGGCUACCUUACCACCUGGUCCUCCCGGCCAAUCCAGGUGGAAGAAGGCCAGCCCGUGUUGACCUACGAAGAGGACGGAAAGAACAUCAUCAUUUGGGAUAUUGUCACUGGAAAGCCCCUGCGGUCUUUCGUUUCUCAUGAUCUUGCAGGUCCCGAGAGCGAUGCACAGCCUAAAAAGAAGGUUCAGUGGCCCGCUUUCAAAUGGUCUGCCGAUGAGAAAUACGUCGCGAGAAUGCUCCAGGGCCAGUCGCUCUCCAUUUACGAGGCGCCGCGGAUGAACUUGCUUGGAAAGACAUCCGUCAAGGUUGAAGGAAUCAUGGAUUUCGAGUGGUCGCCAGCAACUGUGAGCCGUGACGGCGUCAAGCAAUACGAACAACUACUUUGCUUCUGGACCCCCGAAAUCGGCAGCAACCCUGCCCGAGUCGGUCUAAUGAGCGUUCCUUCCAAGGAAAUUGUCCGAACCCGUAACCUCUUCAACGUCUCCGACGUUAAGCUGCACUGGCAGUCCCAGGGUACCUACGUCUGCGUCAAGGUCGAUCGCCACUCCAAGUCCAAGAAGUCCAUGGCCACCAACCUCGAAAUUUUCCGAGUGCGUGAAAAGGGUGUUCCUGUCGAAGUUGUUGACAGUCUCAAGGAUACAGUGAUCAACUUCGCCUGGGAGCCCAACGGUGGACGCUUCGUUCUUAUCACAACCGGCGAUGCGCCAUCCGGAGCCGGUGCUCCCCCCAAGACCGCCGUCUCAUUCUUCGCCCCCGAGAAGAAGGGUGUGCAGGCCGGCAACUUCAAGCUUGUUCGCACAGUGGAGAAGAAGAACAGCAACGCUAUCUACUGGUCUCCCAAGGGCCGCUUUGUGGUUGUUGCCACAGUGCACUCUCAGUCGAGCUACGAGAUGGACUUUUGGGACAUGGACUUUGAGGGUGAGAAGAAUGAAAGCGAGAAGGAUCUUGCAGCCAACCUGCAAUUAAUGAAGACGGCCGAGCAUUACGGUGUCACGGACGUCGACUGGGACCCUACUGGUCGCUACGUCGUCAGCAGUGCUAGCGCAUGGACGCACUCCAUGGAAAACGGAUGGAACCUUCACACCUUCGCCGGAGAGACGCUAUCUGAGAACCCCACAGACAAGUUCAAGCAGUUUAUCUGGCGACCUCGCCCUGCCACUCUGCUCAGCAAGGAGGAGCAGAAGCAAGUACGAAAGAACCUGCGUGAAUACUCAAAGGAGUUCGAAGAAGAGGACAAGUACGCCGUCGACAUUGCCAACACUGCCGUGGUCGAGAAGCGCAAGCGCGUUCUCAACGAGUGGGUGGCUUGGCUCCGCCGGGAAAAGGAGCUCCUCUCCGAGGAGAAGGACGCAUAUGGCUUGCCCGAGGACGCCGACGAGCCCAAGAACGCCAGAGAUGCCCCUGCUGUCACACAAGACCAGGGCGAGACGGUGGUCGAGGAGAUCGUGGAGGAGAUUGUGGAGGAAACCGAAGAGAUCAUUGGUUGAUUUAUCCAUUCCUCUUCUUUCCGUAUUUAAUUCUAUUUUAACUUCAUUUUCCUCCGUGUCAUCCUGUCGAUAUCCCUUCCUGCCCCUUCUCCCUGCAUGUCCCUUCGUGCAAUUUGGUUGGCGUGGUUCCAGUUUGGAGAAGGUUGUCUGGGACUGUUCAAAAGUGAAUAGAUAUCUGUAUUGCAUUUUUCCCCGGUGUGGGAAUUCUAUAUGCGUGAUGUUGGUAGCAUGAGUGAUGACAGACAAUAACGAGCCGGCAAAUACUGCGCAACUCGGAUAUACCUCCCUGCUUGAAUCUUACAAUACAUUCGCAUAAUCAACUAGUAUACAGAAGAUGAUAUAAAAACCACCAUCCCAACCCACCACACCCC